AUGUGGAAUCCGUGGAGAGAAAACUUGAAGGACACGCCGAAAGAGUCGCUCAACUGGCGACUCUGGUAUGGUGUCUUUGUGUUUGGUAUCAUGGGCGCCGCCCGAGGUAUCGAUGAGGGUCUGAUCGGAACAACCGCAGAACUCAAACCUUUCAUCAAGAAGUUCGGCCUUGACGACCCCACCAAGAGCAAACAUGACCUCGCGGAUCUCCUAUCCAACAUCACCUCUAUGGUGCAGAUGGGCUCCAUCCUGGGAUCCUUGAUUGCUUUUGCGAUAACGGAUCGUAUUGGUCGUCUAUGGUCCACACGGCUUCUUUGCCUCAUAUGGGUUACUGGCAUCACCAUCUUCUUGACCAGUUCACUCACUGGCAGUGUUGGUCAGAUUUAUGCUGGACGUUUCAUUGCCGGCGUUGGAAUCGGCCAAACUACAGUCGUUGCGCCGACCUACCUUGCGGAGACCGCACCUAGAGCCAUUCGAGGUCUUUGUGUGGGUGCCUUUUCUGGAUCAGUCUAUCUUGGUAUCAUGCUUGCAUACUUUGCUUCUUGGGGAUCGUCCAUUCAUAUUUCGUCAGCGACUGACAAGCAGUGGCUCGUUCCCAACAGCAUGCACAUCAUGUUUGCUGGCCUUAUCUUCAUACUUUCAUUCUUCGCCAGCGAGAGCCCUCGUUGGCUGAUCAAAGUCGGAAGACAUGAGGAAGCUCUUGAGAAUAUGUCACGCCUACGAAAGCUACCUGCUGAUCACCCGUACAUCACGUCUGAGAUCAUAGACAUCAACGACCAAUUGAACAGAGAGAGGGAAGCAACGAUGGGCACAACAUGGCUGGGUCCAAUUAGAGAGUUGUUUUCGACCAAGGCCAAUCUCUACCGCAUUCAAUUGAGCAUCAUGAGCCAGCUGCUCGGUCAGUGGUCGGGGGCGAAUAGUAUCACAAUCUACGCGCCGCAGUAUUUUGCGAUGAUGGGUACGACAGGUCAAAAAGAGAAGCUCUUCGCUACCGCUAUCUUCGGUGUUGUCAAAUUUGUUUCCAGCAUAAUUUGUGCCCUUUUCCUCAUCGACUACAUCGGACGAAAGCGAUCCCUUACCUCUGGUAUUACCCUACAAUUUGUCUCCAUGCUAUAUAUGGCGCUAUUCCUCUUGAUCGAUACUGGAGUCAGCAACAAGAGUAUUCCGCAGACUCCUAGUCAGAAGCGAGCAGCCAUGGCUGCCAUUGUCGCGAUCUACUCCAGUGGCUUCGGUUGGGCAUUGGGCUGGAACAGUAUCCAGUAUCUGAUAAACUCCGAAAUUUACCCACUUAGACUACGCGCAUUGGGUGGCAGUCUUGCGAUGACGUUCCACUUCGUCAACCAAUACGGAAACUCCAAGGCUGUUCCGUUGAUGUUCCUCUCUAUGACCACUGGUGGUACGAUGAUGUUCUUCAGCUGCGUCACUGGGCUUGGUCUAUUUUGGGUUUGGUUUUUCUUGCCAGAAACAUCUGGCAAGUCGCUUGAAGCCUUGGACGAGAUUUUCAACUUGCCCUGGCAUCUUAUUGGUCGCAAGGGCGCACAACUCACCCGAGGAACUGGUGGCAUGUCGGAGGUCUUGGAUACCGCGGGCGAGAAGGCUGCCACAGCUCAAAUGGAAGAUGCAGCCGAAAGGGAUGGUGUUCAGACGCACAGUCAGAGAAUGGAGCAAAAGGUCUAA